AAAGUCAAUGUGUGUUAUUGUCUGCUUUUAUUUCACUGCUUGCCUGCCCGGAUACAAACACAGCUUUAUUAUUGCAUGAGGCUUAAAGUCCACAACCCAAGUGUUUGAGCCCUACGUGCAGGGUGAAAUACAAUCACAGCCUGAUAUGACCCCAAACAUACAGCCUAGAAUUAUCUCUGGCACAGGUUUACAAAUCAAAUUCACACUACCAAUGUUGCAUGCACUAGUGGUGGUUGAAGAAUGAGCAGUGAUCCAUAGGAAGUCGGCUGAUUAGGAAAACUGCUGUGAGUCAUCAGGCAUUAGUGACGAAAUUGGGUGCUCAGCCAUUGCAAGGCUUUUUUUAUACACACACACUUGCUACAUUUGGAACAAUGUAUACUUUUUCCCACGAUGGAAAAAAACACAUGCCUAAUUGAAUAUUUGGUACCACGAUGUUGAUGUUUCGUGAAGGAAGCUCUAUAUGUUCACGUAAUGCUUGCCACGGUCUAGGAUUACAGGUGUUUGUCUUAAUGACUUGAUUCAUCCUGUUCACGUUGCACUCGUGAAUCUAUCGAGCCGAAGCCGCCAUCUUGGUUUACGAAUCUUAUAGUGAAGGAGAUCUACAGUUUUUGAUGUCGGUACGCGUUGUGCGCCACGAUGCUCAGCAGGAGAAAGACCAAGCUCCUGCUCCGAUCCGCCAUUGUCAUAUACUUCAUCACUUGGCUUUUGUUGUCCGUGUGGAGAAAUGACAACGACACCGCGGUCUACGUGGUCGACAAGGCGUUCACGGUGGGCCCCGAGUUUCAGGACGAAAGGAGCGUCAUUCACCACCGACCCAGGCAUGGCGGUAAGGUGGACUACCUUGCAAAUCGCGACAGAUUGUCGCUUGAGAUUGACAUUCACAACAACAGCAAAAGUAACAUCAGCCAAGCUAACUCGACUCUGAGCAAAGAUAGACCUCUUUACAGCGACAGUAUUAUCAACCCACACCCUUUUCAUUUUACCUUAUUCAACUACGAGGCCUGCACGAACGCUAAGCAUAAGUGGGCGAUGCCCCUGCACUUGUUGAUACUCGUAAAGUCCAGACCGGAAGAUAUCUAUGACCGGCAGCAAAUACGGGAAACUUGGGGCGGGGCGCAGAACAUCUCAAACAAACUGACUCUGACCAUGUUCCUCUUGGGCCAGACCCCAAAUGCAACAGUCAUUGAGGAGGUGUCACGAGAAAGUCUCCGCUUCAAAGAUAUCAUUCAGGAGAACUUCAUAGACGCUUAUACCAACCUGACCUAUAAAACCAUGAUGGGUCUGCGGUGGGUGGCCACAUUUUGCCCGUUCGCUUCCUUCGUGGCCAGCGUAGACUCUGACAUCAUUCUCAAUCUUCACAACCUCCUUCAGCGCAUUGCCGAUAAGCCACGGCACAGGUUCGCAGAGGGAAGCCUCAAGACAAACUGGACGCCGUACCGUGACGCCGAAGGGCAGUACAAGAAGUGGUACACCCCGGUGGAGUUGUACCCGGAGCCCACCUACCCGCCCUUCUUUCCCGGUGGAUGCUACGUCAUGUCCGCGGAUGUCGCUGCCACGAUCUACCGUGAGUCGGUUCACGUGCGCUUCCUUCCGUGGGACGAUGUGUUCGUGGGUCUCGUUAUGCAACGAGCGGGCAUCACGCCUCGUGACGGUAAAGGCUACCAGGUCUACAUCCCGCUAUCCCGCCGAACGUUGAUCAGACUUGCCCUACAGAAAGGCAUCGCAGUCAUUGCCAAGCACAACUCCAAGGCCGUCGACAAGCGAAUGAUCCUGAUAUACCAGAAAGCCAUGCAACAGUACGUGCCGCGCAGAAGGGCAUCACGCCACCCCAGAAAAGCUAUGACAUUAUCGGCCGUUAAUUUGGUCGCUUUAGUGUGCUUGGUGGUUUGUGUGAUGGCGUAUCUGGCGGUUUAUUUCAUAUUUUGGAUCGCUUCAGAUGAAGAGAUUUGCCCAGAUCCUGUAGAAAUCACCGCCGUGUUAUGACGUCACUCGACGUUACUCGACCUGACGUCACUCAACCAAAUCUGUUGCCAAGGAGACACAAACCCAUGCCCUCUCCACUGGCCGACUUGUUCAGCUUUUUACGAGCGUGUGGAACAAUGUAAAAUUAAGAAGGCCCAACCAAAAGUAUUAAGCGCUUUCCUAAUUGAGACGUAGACGUCAAUGAAAAGUGCUUUAUUAGGGUCGCAUUAAAGGGGUACUACGGCCUGAAAUCCCCGAAAAUGUAAUGUUAUGGAUUGUUUACUUAAACU